AUGAUUAUUAGACAACUUAGAUUAUUCAAUACAUUAAUCAGGCCGAUUUAAUUUCGAUUUAUCUUUUAAUAAAAGAAUAAAUUUUUUAAGAUGUCAGAUUAGCCAGUUCAACCUCCAGAGUAAGUGGCAGAAGGAGAAUAAAAGUCAAAGAAAUAAUUAUAAAGAGAAAAAAAGGAAGCAGAAAAGGCUUAGAAAAAAAAAGAGCACCAAUAAGAAUAAAAACAAUAGGAAUAACUAAUUUAAGAAGAGGAUAAUUGUGUAGGCAGAUAUAGAGAUUUGAAUUUGAUUUAAUCUCAAGAGAGAACAAAUCGAAAAUGGACCAAAGUUGGCGACGUUGACUAAACUUUAGUGAAUUAAGUAAUUUUAGUAAGGGCCAGAAUUCAUAACUCAAGAGUGAAGGGAAAGUUGGCCUUCUUAGUUUUAAGAGAGAAUUAUAACACAAUUUAAGUAGUGGCUGAGAAGGGUGAGUUUGCAAGUGCCUAAAUGUUAAAGUAUAUCUCAGGAAUCCCAGUUGAAUCUGUUGUCGAUAUUGAAGCUCUUGUUAAAUAACCAUUUAAGGAGAUCUUAUCUUGCACUCAAAAAGUGGAAUUGGAAGUGAGAUCAAUUCAAGUGGUAAGCAGAUCUUUACCUAUGUUACCAUUUUAAAUUGAAGAUGCUUCAAGAAGAAUCACAGACUUUGAAGACGGAGUUUAAGAAUAGAAAUAAGAAGAACCUUAAUAAAAAUAGGAUAAAAAUGAAAAAUAAUAGAUAUAAGUCAUGUUGAAAACUAGAUUAGAUAACAGAGUUAUCGAUCUCAGAACUCCUGCUAAAUAAGCAAUUUUCAGAGUUUAAUCAGGUAUUGGAUUGUUGUUCAGAGAAUUUUUGGUUGAAAAUGGAUUCAUUGAAAUCCAUACACCAAAAUUAAUUGGAGGUACUUCUGAAGGUGGCACUAACGUGUUUAAGUUGAAAUAUUUCAAUUAAGAUGCCUGUUUAGCAUAAUCUCCUUAAUUAUAUAAAUAAAUGUGUUUGAUGGCUGACUAUGACAGGGUUUUCGAAGUAGCUCCUGUUUUUAGAGCCGAAAAUUCGAACACACAUAGACAUUAAUGUGAAUUCAUCAGUAUGGAUAUUGAAAUGGUUAUCAAGGAGCAUUUUACUGAAUUACUAGAUUUAAUGGGAGACUUGUGUAUAUAUAUGUUCAAGGGAAUUGAAAAGAGAUACUAAAAGGAAAUAGAAAUCAUUUCUCAAUAAUUCCCAUUUGAACCAUUCAAAAUACCAGAACCAGUACUCAAACUCACUUUCGAAGAAGGUGUCAAGAUGUUGCAUGAAGCAGGUGUUAAUCAAGAUCCCCAUGAUGAUUUAGAUACUGUUAAUGAGAAGAUUCUUGGUAAAUUGGUAAGAGAAAAAUAUGGAACUGACUUUUACAUUCUCCACAGAUAUCCUAAGAAGGCUAGACCAUUUUAUACUAUGCCUUGUCAUGAUGAUCCCAACUACACUCUAUCCUAUGACUUUUUCAUGAGAGGAGAGGAAAUCGUUUCAGGUGCAUAGAGAGUGCAUGACCCAGAACUCUUAGUUAAACAAAUUAAAGAGAAAGGAAUUGCUGUUGAACCAUUGAAGGAUUACAUUGACUCAUUCAGAUAUGGUGCUUAUCCUCAUGGGGGAUGUGCCUUUGGAUUAGAAAGAGUUGCAUUUUUAUAUUUCAAUCUAAAGAAUAUCAGUAAUGCAUGUAUGUUCCCAAGAGACCCUGUUAGAUUGUUUCCUUGA